AUGCAACCCCGCCAUCGCCUCACGGAGGCAUCGCCUGUCGCUCCUACGGAGCACUUGGUUGGAACUUCGGCUUGCGCACCCUUCUCGUCACAGGUCAUCACGCGUGAUACUCCGGAUUAUAGUGCAGUUUGGCGAGGGGAGAGCCACCGGACGGAUCUUCCUUCCACAACUCGGCGUCAUCAUUAUCAUCGUCGCGAAUCUGAUGGUAAGUUCUCUGGUCGUGUCAGUCGUGAAUCACGAUUAUCAUCGGGCGCUAUUGGGGAGUAUAGAGAUGGGUCGUAUUGGACAAAGCUAGUGUUGUCACUCGGUGUGGCCAAGCUUUUCGUAGAAGCAGGCCUACGUUGUGCACAGCUUAUCGAAACGGCGUUCACGGGCAGGUUCUCCUACAAUGGACAGUUCGUUGUGUAUGGAGUGGAGUCGGCAAUGUUCUGUUUCAUCCCAAUGUUAUACAGAUGGUUUGAAACUCACACGCACGCUCAAUAUCUACUCUUCAUUGGAGGGUGUGGGCCGGUCAUCUAUGUGUAUUACAUGGCCGAAAACCCCGGUUCCGCCCAUGAAUCAGUUGGAGAUCAGAUUUUCAAUUUCAUAGCAUUCGCGGCGGAUGCUCUCAUCUAUCCAUUCUCAGUUGCUGGAGCGGUACACCUGGUCGGCCGAGCAGCGUACUCCAGAGCCAUGUGUUUCACCAUGGAAGACCCUCAUCUUCCCGAUCACCCAUCGUCAAUUUACCCCCUAUGCUCUACUGCUUAUCCUCUGUGGGAUGCUACUCCUAGGAUAGGGCCAAGAGAUACCGCUUUAGUAACAGGAUUCGCUCUACUGGUGGACGGUUGUAUAGCAUUCGUGUAUGGUUACCUCGUCUUUCGAGGCUUCUGCACGCUGAGGACGAUACUCCUUCUAGGUGUCAUUGCCAUAGCCGUGGGGAUAGCUUUCUGUGCAGCAUUAUCUCUUACGGUUAUGACAGCAACUGACAGUAUUAUCAAGUCCAUUGUCGGCGUUAACUUUCAAAUGGCAACUGGGGAUCUAAAUGAUUGGGUUCAAGUGAAUACUGUUGAGGCAUACGACUAUAUCAUUGUUGCUUUCGGCAUCAUCAUCUUUGCCCUGGGAUUAGUUCCCUACAAGGCUCACUUAAUAUCUACCAUUCAGCGGAUAUACCAACCAACACCGUACUAUCUUAUAGUAUCCGCUCACUUUAAAGGCCUCCGUAGUGUUGGAUUCGUCAUACAGCUGGGGAUCGAUACUUGGGUAUCAUCCCACUAUGGUACAUCUCAGAUCUCGAACUUCAUAUCGGCUCUCGUUUUAGUGGUCCUGUCAAUCCUCACCUACCUACCGCUGGGGUAUCUGUGGCUAUUGGAACGCUGUAGUCGUGGUCGUUGACUUAGUGAAUGGAGCGCGAGGGGGGGGGGGGGGGGGAAGAGGACCUCAUCCUGCAUGACAUAUACUUCCAAGCGAUCUUAAAAGCAAUUCAUUGUCAUCAACAAGUGGACGUUGACAGUUUCUCCACUGUUGAAUUAAGGCCCUUCGCCUGUCGAGAUGUGAAACUCAUCUUGGUCGACUCGCUGCACGUGCCUUUGCAAGAUCUUUGAAUGACCGUAUUAGUCUGUUCCGCGUUAUGCGAAACUCAGCAUCGCGAAAGCCAGCAUGCUCGGCGAUUAUCUUGACCCACACACUUGCUGUCUUCCAGGCAGAGCUGUUGGACGAUAUACCAUUGGUAUAAUACAAGCGACGUAAACUUCGAAUACUUUCAGUGUUGUAGAAAGUGUAUAUGGACACUAAGGUGGAUUCUAUACUCGUCGUUAUCAAUGCACUGCCUUGAUGCUUUCUAAGCUAUUUGCUUCUUCUUGGGUUUUCUUCCUAUUGCCAUCGUCAUAGUUACCAUUCGCUUAGUCCGAUUUUCUUUUCACA